ACUAUGGCAUCCGUGAAUCCAUCACAUUCUACAAUAUCAGUGGAGUCACUCGCACCACCAGCACCAGAGAACAAGUCUAGUACUCGUGCAAGUGCCGCCAAGAACCAUGUGGUGGUUGAUGUGGUAUUAAGGGCCAUGCUGUUUGCAACGGCCUUCGUUGCAAUCACUUUCGUGGUCACUUCUAAACAAACCAAGUUGAUACCAGUUGCCCCAGGCAUCGCGAUACCCAUGGCUGCGAAGUUUAACCAGUCCCCGAUUGUUUAUAAAUACUACGUGGCUGCACUGUCCGUUACUUGCUUCUACAGCGUCAUCACGGGUUUGUUAUCGGCCUUAGCUCUAGUGAAGAUGACAGAAGGGUCCACAAAGACGCAGGUUCACUUGGCGAUACUUGAUGCUCUGCUGUUAGGUAUCAUGGCUUCUGCAACAGGAGCAGCAGGAGGAGUAGGAUACAUAGGAUUCAAAGGAAACAAUCACACAGGAUGGACCAAGAUUUGCAACGUCUACGGUUCCUUCUGCAGGCAUAUUGCAGCCUCUAUUGCUGUGUCACUCUUACCCUCUGUAGCACUUCUGCUGCUUGUUUGGGUCUCCGUUUUUAUUCUUUCGAAGAAAAUCUCAAGGAGUUAGUUUGGUUGAUGCGCGAUAUGUUUCCUAUAUGUAUUAGUUUUACGAUAUUUCCCUUCACAUUGUGAGCCUUCUCAAGGUUUCAUGUA